CACACCAUGUGUCAUUCAGUAGUCGCGAAUGUGAGAGAAGGUCCACACCAUCGAUCACGGUGGAAAUCUUAUGCCAAACAUUUAAAGUUACGAUCACAUAGACGUAGUGAUCGUCGCCGAAGUCAUCAAAAGUGUUAAUAUAUACAUACAUCAAUAAAAAUUGUUAUAAUUUAAUAUUAUAUAAUAUGGAUACCACCAAAUCGGCCAGGAACGUGUACAGCAUCGAUCAAAUUCUCGGAACUACUCAUCCGUCCAAAAACGAAAAUUCGAGUGUUCAUUGUCAAUCUAAAUUGGACGCAUUAUAUGCAGCUAGUGGGAACGAUCCAUCCCUACAUCGGUCCGACGAACACGAUGAUGAUAAACCGCGAAAAGUUCGUCGUAGCAGAACAACAUUUACAACAUAUCAAUUACAUCAAUUAGAAAGAGCUUUUGAGAAAACUCAAUAUCCUGAUGUAUUUACUAGAGAAGAACUCGCCUUACGAUUGGAUCUAAGUGAAGCCAGAGUGCAGGUAUGGUUUCAAAAUCGUAGAGCUAAAUGGAGAAAACGAGAAAAAUCAAUGGGCAGAGAAUCCAAUCCAUACAUACCUGACCACACGUUGUUCAGAAACGAAUGUCUGUCCGUGGCACCCGCGCUUGGAGGUCCGCUGCCAUUCCUCACGCCCGAACAGUUCUGGCCGAGCAUCGUGUUCAACCCGGCGGCCGCGUCCGCAUUCCUGCUCGGUCUGCCGUGGCACCAUCAUCACGCCGCUCAGCCGUCGGCCACUGCGACGGCCGCGUCGUACCAGUCAUCCGUGCACAAAGCGCUGUCCGAGCGGAUCAUCUCCGCCAACCAGUGGCCGGCCGUCGCGUUGCAGACGUCGUCGUCCGAACCACACAGCCCGUCGUCCGCGGGCACGUCCAGUCCCGCAGCUCUGUCGCCAGCUCGCGAGCCGUCGGUAGACGCGGCCACGAUCGCCGCCGCCGAAAGUCGAUCGCCUUACCUGAACGACGACGACGACGACGGCGGCGACGGUGACGAAGACGAUGAAGCCGGCAGGUGUUCGCCGUCUGUUUUGAUGGAAAACGUUUCCUGUUAAUACGUGGAGCUACGGAGGUACAUGGCGCAUACCCUAAGUUAAUACCUGUACAUAGGAACCAACCGCUUAAAAUAGUUAUUAUUUCGUUUCGACGUCCUCCCCCCCCUUUUCUCACACAAUCAUCAUUGACCAUCUUUCACCAACUUAACAAGUGAUUGUUUUUAUUUUUUAUUUUUAUGUAUGACGUGAAUUUGUAUUUAGACCUAAGACUUAUGAUAAUACAUACAAUCAUUAUCUGGACGAUCGAGUUUUAAAAACAAGAAUAAAUUAUAAGAAAUAAUUUUACAUUAUACAAAAGUAAUUUUGUAAAUCCGUCUACCCGAUAUUAACCAUUAUAUGUACGAUAAUAACACUACAUUUUUGUAAACAUAUAUAUUUUUUUUUUUUUUACUAUUUUUUUAUUCCAACAAACUAAGUACUAACAAUACAUCGUUUUGGGAGCGUAGACAACUAUACACGCUGAAACCGAAUUUUAAAAUGUAAAUUGUAAUAUUAUAAUAUAGAUUGUUGAUAUAUUAUACUAUAUUAAUAGUUGAUUUGUUAAAACUCAAAUAUGGUAAAGUACUACGAGUUCGCUAUCGUAUCAAACAAUAGA